CUUAAAAAGACUUUUUGCUCUCUCUCUUUCUCCUCCUCCUUCUCUUCCCCCUUAAGAAACAUCAAUUCAAGUCCCUAGAAAUCUCUCUCUUUUUCUCUUUUCUCUCUAUCUAUCAGUCUAUUCUGCGAAGAUGAGCGGCGGUGUUAGGGUUUCAAUUCCCAACAACGUACGGAAGAUGGUCCAGGACAUCAAAGAGAUUGCUGGAAAUCACACAGACGAAGAGAUUUAUGCAAUGCUCAAGGAAUGUUCCAUGGAUCCCAACGAAACCGCUCAAAAGCUCCUCUUACAAGAUCCCUUUCAUGAAGUUAAAAGGAAGCGUGAUAGGAGAAAAGAGAAUCCUAGCAACAGGGAGCCUGUUGAGACUACUAGGUGGAGACCUGGCGUGCAGGGUCGUGGGGGUAGGGGCGCUAGAGGGAGCUAUUGUUCUCGUUACAUCUCCUAUGAUGCUGGUAGUGGGAGGAAUGCUAAUACUGGAAAGGAUAAUGAGGUCAAUCAAAGCACAGGCAGAGACCUUACAUCCACUUCUUCAUCGUCUUGCAGGACACAGAAAAUAAUGCAACCAUUACAACAUGAGAAACAGUUUUCAACGGUGAACGUCUUUAGGACCACCAUUUCCCGUGGUGCUGUCCACUUGAGCUUUGGAUCUGCCUCAUUUUUAGACUCCUGCACUAAAAUGAGCUGGCUAAAGGUUUGGAUGGCAUAGAUAAGCCACAUACAUCACAAUGGGCCCCACAGUUUUUUCCUUUCUGCCCAAGUUUGGAGUUCAAAAGGCGUGCCAUCAAUGUUGUAUGAGGAUGCUUCUGCAAUUAUGGAUGUAAGUAAUCAUAAUCUAUUUACAAGUAUUUACACCAGUAAAUGAAAAAUCAAACACCACCUAAAGAAAGCAUGGAAUCCCCAUCAAAUAGGAAGAUGCUUUAACAAUGGCUUCCAGGACUACUUUGGAAUGUAAUAUUGUAAAUCUGCUGCCUAGUGAUGAAGCACAUGAAUUUCUUGAAAACUCUGGAGAGUCGAAUGCUGUGUUAGCUCUGUCUGUUCACAGGGAAUUGUUCAGAAACCAAUGCUAAUUGUCGAUCCUUCAUAUACUCCUGAUCCUGAAUUAAAAAGAAAAAAAAAAAAGGCGGUCCUAUCAGGCCUGAUAAUUCUCAGGCAGAAUCUGGGCAUCCUAUUGAACAAUUUUGCUAAUGAACCUACCAGAUUUACAGGAGCACCUUCCUGCUUGAUGAGGAGCCAUCAUCUGCAAGAAAAGAUCUUUUAUCUAUAAGAAGCUUAUGAUCAUGGUGUGUCGUAAAUGGUGGCAACCGUUACAUGUUAUGGAUCGUAAAUAUCGUAACGGCCAUUAUGGAUAAAAUAACAUGUAAAGGCCGUUACAGCCCCCGUAACAGCCCAUUAUGCCCCUGUAAUGGCCUGUUAUGGAGCCGACACAGAUUUUUCAGAUUUUUUUCAAUAGGAAAAAAAAAAAA